AUAUUUUCACUUAUAUUCUGCUCAGUAGCAUGUGUUUUCCAAUGUUCAUGUGGCUUAUAGAGUUUUUGCCCUAUCUGUGGGUAGUGACAGUCCCGGUUUAUGGCUCGUUUUGUGGAAUUGAUCUCAUUUUACGUAUAUCCAUUCUCCUGUUUGUGUAUGUUAUUGCAGGAGAAAUGGUACCAAAGUCGAUGCACUCCUUGGUCCCUUACCUGAGCUUCACAUUGUGGGCUCUGAUCGUCUACUAUGUGCCGAUCAACCUCAUUCCAUGGCCAAUCAUCUGGUUGUACGACAAACUACUUUGGAUAACGGGCCCAGUGUUGAUGAUCACAGAGAUUAUUCUUGCGCUGAACUUCCAAAUGCGAUGUAGUCAGCGGGUAGUGGAUGAAAUACAAGAAGAUGAUUCACCUGUAUUUAAGCUUGUGAUUAUUGCAUUUUCUGCCGGCUGUUAUGCACUCAUGGCGUCCUUUCUGUAUGAGAUUUAUACUACUGGCUCUACUACGCAUUAUCUAUUGUUGUUCCUGGUCGUGAUUAUGUGUGUAACAGUACACAACAUGAUGUGGAUGUCCCAGGAUGGAAUCCUUUGUGAUGCAGCUUUCACCUGUCUGUGCACAGUGUCCAUUCUUUAUGCAAUGAAAGAGGAGACAACUCUUAUCAACUCACCUCUCAAAACUCCAUCCACCUGGGUUCAGUACGAUCCCAAACAGUCCAUGUUUUAUCUCGGCAUGUUCAUCUUCAAUAGCACAGUGGACAGUGCCGGUAUGGCCAUUGGGUUUCUUAUGAAGUUUCUCCGUCCAUUUUUCCUGUUGACGCUGGGUGUUCGUCUAUACAGCAUUCUAUAUAUUAUAGAGGCCCUGAUGAAAAAAGAUGCCUUACAGCACGACUUUUCAUUUGAUUCUGAUGAGUAUCUGGAAGAGCAGAUAACUCCCUGGAAAUCUCCGCUGACAAUGAAACUGGCUGUUGUGUUUAUGUUUACUCAAAUGACCAGCAAUCUAUUCUAUGAGGGCCAAGGUGUGACAAUUUUAAACACAUUCCCCUUCAACCUGGUGAGGAAUUUCUAUCCCAAAGACAUAAUAUUUGGCAGAGUUGUGCAAAUGAUUAGUGUAAACUGUUUCUACAUUUGGAGACUAUCUAAUGACAGGACCAACUGGAGUGAAUGGUUUUCAUAAAGUGAACUAGUUGUUUUGAAUUCACAUAUCAUUUGGUGAUCACCUCACCACUAUUAUGAAUGUGCCAUGAAAUAUGUAGUACACAUGUGUAUAUUAACAUCAGAGAGAGAGAGAGACAGGAGAGAGAGAUUGCUUCAUUUUUUGAGUAGUUUAUUUUGUGCACAUAACUUACAUGUACAUGCUUGCUGUUCUGUUCUUGAAUUUUCAUGCGCAUGAUCUUUAAAAAAAAAAAAUUGAAAUUGUCUUCUUGGUGGUUUUUCAAGAAAUUUUGUAGGAAACAUGAUUUUGAUUUGCUUUAGUUUUGUUUAAGCAAGAACAUUUUUGACAUUUACCUGUCGGUUGUGUUCAUGAUAAUUUUUUUCCUUUGGUUUUUAAUGUAACAAGUUUGUAAUGUUAUCAGUUAAGUUUGAAAAUUUAUAUGUGCUUUUAUAUUUAGAAUUUAGUAUGUUUUUCUGUCUAUUAUUCAUAAUCCAGAUUACAUUUAUUUGUGUUUACAGUUUUGUAAAAUGUGUUGCCUUUCUUGCUUAUCUCUCUUGCCAUGUAGAAAGUGUAAAUGUGUGUAGGCAUUAUAAGAGCUUUAAUACUCAUGCCAAUCACUGGUGUGUAAUGAUAUAAACUUUCAGCUAUGUUUCUUGAAAUCCAACAUUACAACCAACAGCAGGAAGAUUGUAACUGGAGCCCACCUCACAGAGAACAGAUACCAUAUAUCAGGUUAAUUUGGUGUUUUACUUACUUAUCCUCUUCGUCCCCGGUGGGACAUAAGGCUUCAACAAGUUGUUUCCAUCUACCUCUGUCCUUGGCAAGAUACUAUGCCUGUCCCCAUGAGUAGCCCAUUUCCUCAAGUUCUGAUGUCACGGUUCUCCUCCAGGUGGUACGUGGUCUGCCUCUUUUCCUCUUUCCAGGUGGUGUCCAGUGUAGAGCUACUUUGGGAAUCCUGUUCUGGGGCAUUCUCAUUACGUGACCAAGCCAUUUGGUGUAGGAAAUAUUUAAUGGAACUUUUUUUUAUAAAAAGCAGUUUGAAGUCUUAUAAUUUUAUUUCAUUUAACAAGUACAUUGAAAAUUAUCUUAUCCGACACCUGUGCACUCCGUAUCACUGGGCAUUCCGACUCUUAUUUUCAUUCUUAAUUUCACAUUUUCAUUGUUUUAUGCUGUUUAUUCUGACACACUGUUUAUUCUGACCACCAAACAAAAAUUUUCCCAGUGCAUGUUGCAUUAGAUGGGUUUCACUGAAUAUCAUUUUUAAAAUAUAUGAAUAGAAAUUUUGGCCCAUCUAUUUUUGGCAAAUUUACCUCAAUCACCAAAAAUAUGCCAACAUUUCCAACAUGCCAAAGUGACCUUAUAGGUAUAUGUGUAAGUUUUGAUUUUACUCAUCGUCUUUUGUAAUGACCAUUGUAGAGUUUACAUUGUUGACCUUCAUUGCAUUUCUUUAUCUACACACUCUCAAUAGAUGGUACAGGUAGGACAUUUUAAAUCACAAAACUAUUUUGUUACAUAAAUCACAUUAAUAAAUCAGGUAGGGUUCCAAAGAACAAGUGUUGUUUCUAUUUUAAAUGACCUUCACACAUUUUAAUUUUAAAUGACCUUCACACAAGGGAAAUGUAAUCCUAUCACUUGACGUGUUCUAAGAAGUAAUAAGCAACGUAAUCCCCAAGUGUCGCUAUGCUUUGUAGAUGCCUGUAGUUAGACGCAACUUAACUCUCCUUUUACACUUGCAUAAUUUUCUAAGGAUGCAUAAUAACCGGACUUUGUACAUAGUGAAGUAUUUCAGAAUCAGGAAGUUAGAGAAUUGAAAUUAGUUCUUGGUAUUUGUUUGGACUGGAUUUUUAUGUAACAGUAAGUUGAAGGAACAGUUUUGUGACUAGUAGUACAUGUUUACAGUUUUGAGCAUAAUUUCCAUGUUAUUUGUGGAGUUUCUGUACGAAACUUGUCUUUUGUUACAAACUUUUAUGUUGUCUGCUACAAGAGUUAGUUUAUAAGAGUUUAGAAAUAAAUUGUAAAGCCAU